AUGAGUGUCGAAGUCUUGCUUUGUGAUAUUGAGCUUGAGGAAUGGCUCACUACUCUACCUGAGGCUCUUCGGUGGUGCUCAUCUAAUCCUGGGUUCCAGAUCAGUAAGCACGGAGAAUUGUUUCUUCAUUUCCGCGCAAUGUUGAGCGGUAUCUACAGUCUUGCUUGCAGCGCUUUGCAUCGACCGCAGCUUGUCGUGAGAGGCACCAGACUUCCUGAGCUCUUUGAGCUGUCAAAACGACGACUUCGUCACUCGGGAAAUACUGUCACACAAAUAUACGAAUAUCUCAGGUCUCAGAAUCUCACUUAUCUGUUUCCAGAGUUCCAAGUCACGGUGCUGGAAACUGCUCUUGUCACACAUCUGGACCAUCUCAAGUCAACACACUCUCCAACCCGCCAGCUAGCCAUGGAAUCUUUCCAAUUAUGUGUGCAGGGAUUAAGACAGCUGCGAGAAACAUAUUCUUCUGCGGUGUCAGCUCUUGGGUCCGUGGAUGCUGCUAUUCGAAAUCCAGUCAUUUCACUUGAAACGGCAGAUACCCACCUCACACACUCACUUGACAGCGAUGAAGUUCACCAUGAGAGAACAAUACCGCCUCAAUGCGAAUAUUACGACCGCCCAGAGAGCUUCGCUUCGUCGCCAACUAUUGCACAACAACUCGACAACCUCAAUCCCCCACAAAUGAGCAAACUCCUCUGUUCUCACUUCAUGAUGACACCCUCAGAAAGAAGUCUCCUACAGGAUCUUGCAUCCACAGAAGCAAGUAACUUUGACUUGUAUUCCGACGCUGACAGCUCUUCGGAUGAAGAUUCAUAUCCAUCCAGUGCACAAGACCCCAUUUCAUACCAGUCACAUCUCCCAUCCACAAAAGUAGCCUCACAGACAGAAGCCUCUGUCCCCAAUCCCCAGUUACACCCUUCAAUGAGGCUUUGCCAGCAUGGGAACUUCACUGAUGAUUGGAACAUCCCGCCAUCGUUGCUGUUCCAGUCAGAUAUUGUGUCCAAGCCCCAUUAUAUCCCUAGUGAUGAACAUGAGGAUAUGGCACUUUCGAUGUUUGACACUGCAUAG